UUCGUGAGAAAGACAUACAAAGAGAGAACAAAAAAAAGAGAAAAACAGAGCAAGAUACAGAAUUUGAAAACAAACGCUAAAACUUCAAGAAAAAAAAUAUCAUUGGUUGUCUCCGUUUCAAAAAUAUGGGAGAAAUCGUGUUACUAGUCGAUGAUUUGAAGCUACUUUCAGGAAUUUCUCGCUGUAGAAUUUGCCAUGAAGAAGAGUUUGAAAGCACCAAAACCUUGGAAGCACCUUGUUCUUGUUCUGGAACCGUUAAGUUUGCUCAUAGAGAUUGCAUACAAAGAUGGUGUAACGAAAAAGGAAAUACAACUUGUGAGAUAUGUCUCCAGCAAUAUGAACCUGGAUAUACGACUCUUCCAAAGAAGUCAGAGAUAAACGAUGAAGCAAUGUCCAUAAGGGUAGAGGAAGAAGCUUCAGACGCAAGAGAAAAUAGGGUGGAAGGAACUGUAAUAGAAAGUGAUUAUUCAGAAUGCAGCUCUACCGCAGAUAGAAGUGCGACUCACUGUCGAUCACUUGCAAUAGCUUUUACACUUGUGUUACUGGUAAGACAUUGUCUCGUAGUCCCUACAAGUGGAGCUGAAGAUUACCCAUUUACACCUCUUACCGUCAUUGUAUUGAAGGCUCUUGGAAUUAUUAUACCCAUGUACAUAGUUACAAAGACAAUUGGAGCCAUUCAGAAUACUAUUCGGCGCUAUCAUGGUUCUGACUAUGACACAUCUCUUUCUGAGGAAAAUGACAGAAAUGAUGCAACUCACCAAGAAAACUUAAUACAUUCAUAAAUUAUUUACUUUAAUGUGUAUCAGAGUAUCAUGAAUGAUGAUAGACAAUUGAUUUCUUAUCAAAAUACAUCUUCAAAUCUUUCCCUA